CUUAAAGUGAAUAUGGACGACUCAUCACGCACUUCGAGACUAGAUCUAAAACAUAUUAAUCUUUAUUGCUUUAUCUUUGAAGAGUGGACUUCAAUUCCUUCGAUGGAGUUUGCAUCUUCUUCUUUAUCAUCAUCAUCUUCAUCCUUCUUAACAUCAGAACCCCAUUUCCUACACGAUGUGUUCAUCAACUUUGGUGGAGAAGACAUCGGUAGAAGGUUUGUUUCUCAUCUCCACUCUGUCCUUUUACAAGCUCAAGUCAAAACUUUGAUGAGCCAGGAGAAUCUGCAUAAGGGAAUGAAGUUGGAAGAGCACAUGCGAGCAAUAGGACACACUAAGAUUACAAUAAUCGUUUUCUCCAAAUCAUACACUGAAUCUGCUUGCUGUCUUCUUGAGCUCGAAAAAAUCAUUGAAUGCCACGAAACAUUUGGCCAAAUAGUUCUGCCCGUGUUUUACGAGAUUGACCCAUCGGAUGUACGUUAUCUGAAGGAUGAUUUUGGAAAAGCGUUGGAAGAAGCUGCACACAAAAGCUAUUCAGGAGAACAACUGGAACAUGCGUUGUCCAAGUGGACCCGUGCAGUCACCACAGCUGCAGGAAUCAGCGGUUGGGAUUUCAGAAAUUUCAGGUAAACAAAUGAAUCCUUCCUACUUUAUUUGGUUUGAGAGUGAAUGAAGCAUGUGUUAAGGUUAUGAUUUAAUUUUGGUAAUACAUUAUGAUUCAUCUUGAAGGCGUGAUGCUGAACUGGUAGAGCAAAUUGUUAGGCACGUUAAGACAUUACUGGACUAUAAAGACUUGUUUAUUACUGAAUAUCCUGUUGGAUUAGAGUCCCGCGUGGAAGACGUGAUUAAAUGUAUUCAAAAUCUAUCCAGCAAA